AUGACGGGUGAUCACGGUCAAUUUCUUAAAUUUUUGUCCCGUGCGCGAAAUAAACAGUCGCUGAAAGUAGGCCAUGGCGAGCGAUAUCCUGUCUAAAUACACCCCGCGCGUUACAACAUAGACAUUGUUUAAUUUUUCGUAACAGUUUCAAGACAAUGGAAAUUGUGGACAUCGAAGAGUGCCAGCCUGACCCCGGGGCGGUCACAAGAAAGAAAAGUUUAUGGGCUAAAAUUAACAAUAGAACGACGUACAGCUAUUUAUUCAACAUCAUAAUUUCGAUUUUAUUGCUCACAUGUUUGGUGUUGGUGUUGUACUUCUUCAAGGAGUAUUUAAAGACGAUUUUGUUUUGGGUGGACGCUCAGGACCCUAGAGUGAUAUUUUUGUUGUUUAUGGGGUUGUUCUUGGUAGUGAGCUUUCCGGUCACCAUUGGAUACCUAGUGUUAAUUAUUACUAGUGGAUAUUUGUUCGGAAUUGUGAAGGGUUUGGGUACUGUGGUAGUGAGUGCGAAUUUUGGUGUGGCGGUGGCUCAUUUCACGCUGAAAGCGUUACGGAACUAUCUGCCGUUGGAUCGGUUGUUGAAGAACGAGACGGCGCGUGCGCUGCUCAAAGUGAUCUCGGGCCCUCAGGCCUUCAAAAUAGUUUUUUUCGCAAGACUGACUCCAAUACCCUUUGGGCUGCAGAACACGAUAUUUGCCGUGAGCGACGUCCGCGGCUGCGGGUACCACCUGGCGACGCUGCUGGGGCUGCUGCCGGCGCAGCUCAUCAACGUGUACCUUGGCUCCACGCUGCGGUCCAUGCACGACGUGCUGCACGAGUCCCAUGUCACAGGGUACAUCGUAUUCGCCUUUCAGAUCCUGAUCGGCAUAACACUCAUGGUAUGGGUGGUGCAGAAGGCUCGGAAGGAGCUGACGAUCGCAAUAAUGGCGGCUGAGCUCGGCCGCGAGACGAUAUCCACCUCGAGCGGCUCCAGCAUCAGCUAGCCGACGGCGCGCGCGUCCACCGACGUGGACAGUGUCUCCGACGACCGCUCCAGCUAGGGUCUGGCCUUGGACGGGUGGUUGGGCCCGCCCGCCCAAGAUGAAACCUACGUGUGAGGAACCCAGUGAUAUUAACUUAUGCCGUCGUACCUCUUAGAGGCGCAGGCCGCGCGACAAGGCCCUUCGUGGCCCCUGAUGUGACCCUUUGAGGCCACAGAUGAGGACCUUUGUGGCCCCAAAUGAGGCCCUUGGCGGCCCCAGAUAUGACCCUUUGAGGCCCCAAAUGAGGAUCUUUGUGGCCCCAAAUGUGACCCUUUGAGGCCCCAGUUGAGGACCUUUGUUGCCCAAAUGUGGCCCCAUGCGGCCCGCUAGGUAUAGUAACUUGUGAUGGUAGCUUAGUCCGCUAGAGCGUGUUGCAAAUGAUUCACUGAAGGCGAGAUAAAAUAGUAAUUGCAUAUAAUUUAUCAUGUGUUAUAUGAACUUUAUCAGAUAAUGUGAACUGUUUAUCAUGUCUAUUGUGUUGGAUCACGCGAGUUUGGUAUUUUGUAUGCCAUUAUUAAAAAAAAUGAGUAAAAUGUGAAAUAGGCUAUUGACAAAAAUAAAUAUCUAUUUAACGCAAAUAUAAAAUUUGGCACGUGAAAACGCAGUUCCAUUUCGAAAACAAUCGUCUGAGUAAUUAUUGUUAAAAUACAAUACUAUUGAAGCAGUAUACAUUUUUAUUAUUAAACAUGUUUCUUUUUGGGAAUAUUUUGUUUAGACUAACCACGUUUAGAUUAAAUUGUCAUAAGGAGCCUCAAUUCUACGGGCUUUGGCCCUAGCCCCACGCAAGCCUUCCAAAAGUCCGAUUCAGUCAGGAUUGUAAUUAUUAUGCAAAUCUUUUACAUAUCCAUACAUAAACUCACGCCCGUAAUCCCUAAUGGGGUGGGCAGAGCCACAAGCAAUCAAAUCAUUUCUUAGUCAUUAUGUAUAAGACUGACAGUGAUUAUUUUAUAAUGCAUUUUUAAAUGUGUUCAUCAAUAGUGUAAAAAUAUAUUUUCCCGUAGCAAAAAAAUAGCCAUAAGUAUUUUUCAAAAGCAAAAAAUAUUUUACUAUUUUUAUCAUAACAUAAGCUCAUGAUUAUAUCCACAAGAUGGAUUAAGUACCCACGCCUCACCGAGCUUUCUGAUAGACCAACGUGUUUUCCAAUUUUUCUUGGCAAAAAUCGUUGUCUUUUGGGAAAACCAAAGACGUGCGUGUACGGCGUCUAUUUUGGGUUUGGAUAACCCAAAAAUGUUAAAUCUAGAUUAACCAAAACUAUACGUUUGUUUACAUUGGACUUUCCGUCUGCAUCGGAAUUUGCAAACGGUCUUUAUUUACAAACAUCACACGAGAAAACGGCGAAGAAAUUCGAAAACACUCUUAUUCUCAUUCUGUCGCGUUACAAAUCGCAAAUGAAAGAAUGCGACAAUAGUAUAUUAUAUCUCUGACCUCUGUUUAAGAGUAAUUCUACUGAUUUAUGCUCUUGGAGAGAAUCCAACUUUUUUCGCCCAAGAUAUAAGGUUACUUUAUGAAAUGGAACGGCGGGUUUUUACUGCGACGUAAUUGAAAUAAAUGACAGUCGCGCACGCAUUUCACAGUAACUAACUAUAGAUACCUACAUAAAAACAUACGCUGUCUUAUACGUCCCACUGCUGGGCACAGGCCUCCCUUCGCAGCUCCAACGCGAGUUAGGAGAGGCGUUUUGGGCGAGUAGCCUGAUAAUAAAGGCGUGCCUUCCCAAACACAAAAUCGUCUUACUUUUUCAGACAAUUAGUGACUAUAUUUUUUUUCCCCCUCCACAGCUCCGGUUGAUUGAGGGGAGGCCUGUGCCCAGCAGUGGGACGUAUAUAGGCAGUUUAUGAUAUAUUUUAUAUCGAUUUUUUUUUUAAAUUAAGUAUUCAAGAUAAUUUCCGGUUUGAUCAAAAUCUCAUUUGAUAGUACGGCCUAAGAUGGCACAAGUUUUUCUAAUUUUUGGUUUUAAGUGCUUAUAAUCACUCUAUCUACUCCACAGAGGGAAGUAGGUAGAAAAGGUAUUGGCUCAAUAUUCAAAAGUACUAACAGAACCUUCUAAAAUAUAUUUUUAUAUAUUUUUAAAACAGUUCAUCUAGUAUUACAGGAUUAUAAUAAUAUAUUUUUCCGAAAUCCGAUUGAUAAAUGAUAUGCAAUUUCCCGGAAUAUAGCGCCAGAUAAGCUAUCUGAUGGCAAAAAUAUACGGCGCCAAAGUCGAACACGUGUGAAAUGUAUGAUUGAACCAAAUAGUCUUACGACGGAUUUGCACACAAACUGAAUCUUAUAGUCACUAACAUAGAAUCUAAUUUUUAAGAAGUAUGCAAUGCUAAUGGGAUUAAAAGUGUGUCUGUUAUGAUUAUGAUCUUGUUUAAUAUGCUAAGAAAAAAUUAAAAGUUAAUAAUUAAAUAAUUCCUUUCGCAUUGCAUAUUUUUCCUUCCCACACACUCAAAAGUGUAUUUAUUACAACUUUAUAUAAGAAUAUUUUCGUAGUUAUGACAUAUUAUUGAAUGUAAAUAAAAAAGUAGUUUUUUCAUGACACAGGUGUAGAAAAAAUAUUUUUCAAAGAUUUUCCGCGUAUAAAAAUGUAGUACUUUUCGUAUUCUUGUAUGUAAUAAGUACUAAAAUGUUAGUAUUAAAUGUUGCCAAAAUAAUGCAGUUGGGUUCAAAAGAGUUUGUAAGUAUAUAAAUGUAAAAAAUAUGUAGUUAGUGUUACAACUUUGUUACUUUUAAAUAUUAAUUUAUUUAAACAAAUUAUGAUAUUUGAAUGGUCAUAUUUACAAUAAUAUGUUAUUGUAACAGUAUCAAAACGCAGGCCGAUAAAAAAAUAAAAUAUGAAAGCACUUUUGGCCUCGACUGUCUGUACGCAUUCUUUUGAUGCCAGUGCAUGUUUGUGUCGAUCAUAAAAAUACAACAAAAUAUUUGGCAUUUAUUCUUAUGAUUAGUGAGACUAAAGCACCGAAAUUACGAUUAUAAAUUAAAAAGUAUAAUUAGAAACAAGCCCUCAAAACCUAUUAUGACGGAAAUAUUUUACAAAGAUUGCUUGUUCACAAUUCAAAACAUAAUAUAAAAUAACAGCUCUAUUCAAUGAAUAUUUUAUUUAAUUUCCGAAAUAAUAAGCAAAGGGCUAGAAAUAAAUAUUUAAUGGCUUUGUUUAUUCUAGGCCGCAAUAAAAUUGUUGUUCUUUUGUUUGUUGAUUAUUUUUAAUUUUAAAAUACAUUAUUCGAAAUUCAGAUUCCUAAAACUAUAUAAUUUAUAUGAAUUACUGUAUUUUUUCCUUUUUGGCAUAAGUAUUUUAAUUUUAAAAAAAUUAGAGAGAAACCACAGAUAACAUAACUUACUUAUCGCUGCCAUUGGCGCCAAAAUUAUAUUUUAUGAAACCCCAAGCGGUGAACUGUCAUUGUGUUAUUUUAAAUUAUUAUUCUGAACAGACGAGAACUUAAAUGUUAUACUGCAUUGUCUGAAGUCAAUGAGAAAGUUGAUUUGUCCUAGAUAUUUUUCUGCCUAUUCCAAUGGCAAAUAAGCGUGUUCUUAUGACUCUGCUUUUAUCUGUGGGUUUUAUGUCCUAUUGUAUUAGGAGAAAAGUGCGAUUUCAUUUGGUUUUGUAAUUAAAAUUGUAAAAUUCUAUUGCAAGACCAUUUUCUAUGUGAGUCGGGAUAAUAUGGUAAUUAUUUAUUAUGAAUUAUGUUCAACUGUUAAAUAUUAUGAGAUUUUGAUCUCUGUUUCUGUCAACAUAAUGAAUGUACUGGUCUUAGCAUUGGUUGUUAUUUUAUUAUUUAUUUUAAAAUUUGAUUUAAAAUUGUUCUUCCUUUGUAAUAUCCUUAAGACUGAUUUUCGUUUUGUUCGCGGGUCUAAUUUCUUCCGAAUUUAGAAUGCUUUUUUGACCUUAAUCUUUAGUCUCAAAUAUGUUGCGUAGAUUAGUCCCCAAGUCCCGAUAAUGUCCUGAUAUCUUGAAUAGUUUCGAUCUUGCACAUACUAAUGGUGUUACUAAUAAUUAUGACACAAUGUGGCUAAAAACUUCACUUUUAUCCCGUCAGGUGUCGCUACUUUGUUGAGUGUCAGUAAAUAACCGUUGCGCAUACUGUUUGAUUGAACAAACAUAUAGUGUUGGAUAUGUUUUUAUAUUAUGCUUCUGUGCGCAGGGUUAAACUGCAAAAAUACAUAUUUUCUAAAUAUCGGGAAAAAAAACUUUGAAAAACGUCAAGUUAUACAAGACUUUCUAGUCCGCCUAAAAAGGACGAAUGAUUGGUUGACAGCUGUUAAUUUUAAAUUCAACUCGGUUGAAUUAUCGAACGCCAUUUAACGAGUACUUCAGUAAGUACCAAAUUUUAAAGAACUUAACUAACACUAUACACUGUGCAAGAUUUACCAAAAGUUCCAAGAUGCCUCUUUACUAAUAAUUUAUAGAAAUUAUUAUUUGGUUUUGACCAAAAAAAAUGGGACUGAGUUAUAUUUGAUAUUGUUUGACGUCAAUCACUGCCUUAAAAUUAUUAUUUUAGUUAGAAAUAGUUCGAUGAUUACGUUAUAAAUGUCAAAUUAAGCAUUUUCUGUUCCCAUUUUACUCAGGUGCACGUAGUAUCUUUGUUAUUGUUACAAAGUAUAUUAUUUAAAAAAACAGUAAAAUAAAAUCUUUUUUCAUAGUACCCCCCUUGUAAUUCGUUAACACGUUGAAGUUCUAUCGUUAUUAAAAAAGUUUUCGAGGCACUUAAAAAAUUACAAAAUGUGAAAAUCAGUGAAAACGAGCAAUGAUCAAAUAGCUGGGAAUAUUAUUAAGAAAACCAAGUUAUUAAAUAUUUUUAAAAGCAUGUGUGUAGGUUUUGCAAGUGUGUUUUGUACAAAUUAAACAAUGUCUUCUAACAAAUUUCUAUUAAAAAUACUAUUCUAUCUUACAACCCUAUACCUACAGUUCUGUAUUAUUGUAUAAAUAAAUACUUACUCAAUUUUGAAAUUACCUAAUAUAAUCUUUGACAUUAUAUUCUAGUUUAUUUCUUUAUAAUAAAUAUAAAAAAAACAUGACGUAUAUUUCGAAGAGAUAAAAAUAAAGUUCACCUCACUUAACAACCUCUGCCAACCCCAUUAGGGAUACAAGCGUGAAGCUAUAUAUUAGAAAAGUAAAUUACGAGAGGGCAUUAUAUUUAUUUUUUAUAACAUGUACUUUUUUCUGAUCCCGCUGAAAAGUAUUCGUAUUUAUAAAUUGGCCUAAAAUCUUUUAUAUAUUAUUAUUUUAAAUAUUAUUGUAUAAUAUUUGUAGAAAUCUGUAUAAAGUUAUAUUGCAACCGAUACCUAUUCAAUCUAAGUAAUAGGUGAUUGUAAUAAUUGUCCAUACAAACAGCUUAAUCAAAAUUAUUGAAUGUGUUAAAAGGUAAUUACUUAUUGUAAAAGCUCAAUAUUGGUGCUAAUUCCUGUAAAUACCAUCUAAUUUUAUUUUAAGUUAUAUCUGUCAUUUUCUUAUCCGUCGAAAAGGAAAGGGACGGGUAAUCGAGAAGCAUAAAAUUUAUGGUACACACGUCAAAUUUAGGCAGAAAUAAAAAAACCCAAAAUUCUAUAUUGGCUAGUAACCCGACAGAAUUAAGUUGACAGCACACAUCAAACGGGUUGAUAUGAGCGAGAUGUCUAUUUUAUUCGCCCGGGUUAUUCGUUCAUUUUAAAAUUGUCAAUCAUCCCUUUCCUUUUCGGCGGAUAAAAAUGACAGGUAUAACUUAAAAUAGGAUGUGUCUACAGGAAUCGGGGCCAAUUUAAUAUUAUAAUAUCGCCGUGAUAUAUAUUUUUUAAUAUCUGUCUAAAUACAAAUCUUGGCAAAUAAUUAGCAAAAAAUAAAUAAAAACCGGCUAUUUAAAUAAAACAUCUUUAGUAUUACACAUUGUUAUGAGUUUUAUUUUUUAUUGGUUGCAAUUAAAAAUCAGUGCCAAAUUAUUUUUAUAAUCUAUAUAAAAAAAAGUUUUCAAUCCUGUUCCAUUUUAUUGCUACAAUGUAGUUAAUCAUUUACUUACAAUUUGUAUUGGGAAUGUUUCUAAUGAAAUUAACUUCAAUAAUAACUUAGUAUAGUUCACAUCUAUUUUAAGUGUACAGGGUGUAGGUUGCUUUGAAUGAAAAACUUGGAUCCAAAAAUAUAAAAGCCUUGUCAUAGCGUAAUAUAAAUCCUAAAUCCCGAUUUUGAGGAUAUACGGAAUGUUAGUGCAAAAAUAUGGAACUGAAAAUAAUUAAAUUUGAAUUUUCCGACAGAAAAUCAAUUACACUUGAUAUCCAGUCAGAAUCAUGGUCUGAAUCAUACCUGUCAGGAUUCGUUACGGUGUCACUAACACCUUGUUAUUACUUUAUUUAAAAAAAAAACGUAUUUUCUUGAGCUAUAUGACACGGUUUCCUUAUAUUUUGAUUCGAGUUCUUACGUCAAA